UGGCCUGGGAGUCCUGUUCUUCAUUGCUUGUGGUGUUCACAAUCACACUUGGUUGGCUGUCGGAGGACAUGCGAUCCAACACCAGGGGGCGCUACCACUACGAUACGUUUGUCUCCUAUAGUGGGAAGGACGAGCGCUGGGUGGUGGAGGAGCUGCUACCUAAUCUGGAGCAGAGGGGUCCUCCUUUCCUGCGCCUCUGUCUGCACAGCAGGGACUUCCAGCUGGGGAAGGACAUUGUGGAGAACAUCACAGACAGCCUCUACCGGAGCCGACACACCCUCUGCCUAGUCAGCCGCCACUACCUACGCAGUAACUGGUGCUCUCUGGAGAUGAAGCUGGCCACCUACAGGCUGCAGGUGGAGCAAAGGGACAUCCUCCUCCUGGUCUUCCUGGAGAAGAUCCCCCCUCGCCGGCUGUCUGCCCACCACAGGCUGGCUCGCCUGCUGAAAACCAGGACUUAUCUGGACUGGCCCCAAGACCCCCUUCAGCACCAGGCAUUCUGGGACAGACUGUGGGCUAAACUGAAACCUCUGUCUGAAACGUGACGUCAGAGGUCGAUGUACUGUAAGACAUUCUGGACUGAAAUGUGUCAUCAGAGGUCAAUGUGGGACAUUGUGCUAGUGCAGAUGUAAUGUUGACACAUAUGUUGAGGUAUGGCAUUUUGUCGUUUAAAGUACUCCGUACAAAUGUCAACCACUAUUUGGGAUUUGUUUUGACAAUUCUGGUGAAGUCCUUGUAAUAUUCUACCUGCAGUGUACUGUAAAUAUUCUACCUGCAGU